GUGGAUUAGUAAGAACAAGAAAUGUUCCAACAACUGAAGCAGUAGCAAUGUUUUUACAUAUCCUUGCUCACAACCUAAAAUAUAGGGUAGUGCAAUUUAGUUAUUGUAGAUCUAAAGAAACCAUAAGUAGGCAAUUCAAUGAUGUCUUGAGAGCGGUAAUGAAAGUGAGCAAAGACUAUUUGAAUUUUCAACCCUGUACUUUAGAAGGUGCGGAAGCAAACAAGUGGAGAUGGUUUGAGAGAUGUAUUGGAGCACUUGAUGAGACUCAUAUUCCGGUUACAGUUUCUCCUGAUGAGAGACCUAGAUAUCGUAAUAGAAAGGGUGAUGUCUCUACAAAUGUGUUAGCUGCUUGUGGUCCAGAUUUAAGGUUUAUUUAUGUGUUACCUGGGUGGGAAGGGUCUGCAGGAGAUUCUCGAGUAUUACGAGAUGCAUUACGUCGUCAAAACAAACUUGAAAUUCCAACUGGUAAGUAUUUUCUUGUGGAUGCGGGAUAUACCAAUGGUCCGGGAUUUUUAGCACCAUAUUGAGGGACUAGAUAUCAUCUCAAUGAGUGGAUUGGAAACACCCCUCAAAGUUACAAGGAGUUAUUUAAUCUUCGUCAUGCAAGUGCCCGAAAUGCAAUAGAAAGGUCAUUUGGGAUCUUGAAAAAAAGAUGGAGUAUAUUAAGAACUCCUUCAUUU